CAGUACUCAGUCGCAAGGUGGAAGCUCGACACUUACAUACUGUCAUAGAUCUUGGAAAGUCCAUUCCAGCUCCAGCUCAAAGAUGGCUCGCGGUACCCAGCCUGUCGCAGAGCCGUCCGACUUCGAAAAGCAGCGUCUCGCCAACAUCGCCGAGCGAGACGCACUCCUUCGGAAGCUGACCCAAGAGGCGCAACAGGCCGGUCUAUACUCGAAGCCAGCCUCAGGAGGAACGCAACAUGGCCAAAAACGUCCUGCGAAACGGAAAGAACCGCCGGCCAAACGAGUCAAGAAAGAAGACAUCGCUCCUCGCCGAACGUCGUCCCGGCUAGCAGGCCUCCAAGCCGACAGCGAAGUGGCCAAACAGAAAGCAGAAGAAGAAUACGAAAAGGUCAAAGAGGUGGAAAGACAACGCCGACAAAGAGUCACGGGAGACUUGAGUUUUGGAUCCAGUCUUGUGAUCGGGACGGAUGUCCUGCUCAAGGGCGUGGCGAAGCCGUACGAGCGCACGUUCGACGCAGAAGAUAUCAGCGAAACGAGCGAUAAGGAUCUCAAGGCGCUGCGCGAACGCAUGAGCGCUCUGGAACUCUGGGAUCAGUGGGAGCCGAACCGCAUCAAGAUCACGCCGGAAAGGAUAUACAGCAUGUCCUUCCACCCUGCGGCGACGAAACCCAUCGUCUUUGCCGGUGACAAAAUGGGCACGUUGGGCAUUGUCGAUGCAUCGCAGAAACCGGCGAAAAAGGUGAAAUCCGAAGCCGACGAGGACGAGGACGACGACGACCCGGAUCCCGAAAUUACGCACAUCAAGCCGCACACGAGGACGAUCUCGGCCAUGCACACGCACCCGUCCAAGCCCGAGACGAUAUACACAGCGUCGUACGACUCAUCGAUCCGCGCGACAGACCUGACCAAGGCGGUUGCCGUCGAAGUCUACGGCCCCACGGACAAAGAGGACGACGAGCCAGUGUCGGGCGUCGACAUGGCGGCCUCGGAUCCGAACGUGGUGUACUUCACGACGUUGAACGGGGCAUUUGGCAAAUACGACACACGACAGCCGGCAUCGACGGCGGAAUUGUAUCAACUGUCCGAGAAGAAGAUUGGCGGGUUCAGCUUGAACCCGUUGGCGCCGCAUUACCUUGCGACUGCCUCGCUGGACCGGACCAUGAAACUGUGGGAUUUGAGAAAGAUUUCGAAGAAACUGCCCACACUGGUCGGCGAGCACGAAUCGCGGCUCAGUGUGAGUCACGCCGCAUUCAACACGGCGGGACAGGUAGCGACCACGAGUUACGACGAUACCAUCAAGAUUCAUUCCUUCGGUGUCAAGGGGUUGACGGCCAAGGGCACAGCCGCGCUGGAGAGCAUGGAGACUUGGAAAGCCGGUUACCAGCUCGACGAGGAGGUCAUGAAGCCCGAAGUCGUCAUCAGGCAUAACAAUCAGACAGGCCGUUGGACAACCAUCCUCAAACCCCGAUGGCAAAUGUUUCCGCCGGACAAUAUCCACAAAUUGGUCGUGGGUAACAUGAAUCGAUUCGUCGACGUCUACUCCGCCGACGGCACGCAGCUCGCCCAACUCGGCGGCGAGGGCAUCACAGCUGUCCCCGCCGUGGCUGUCUUCCACCCAAGUAAAGACUGGAUAGCCGGCGGCACCGCGUCCGGGAAAAUGUGCCUGUGGAUGUAAUGUAACCUACUCGGUUUCGUACCCGUUACAUACCUCGGUACUCUACCUGUUGCGAUGACACGGCCCAGACGUCUUACGUACCGGAAUCAAUACUUGGAAAAACAGCGGAGGACACUCUGCAAGGUUUUCUGUUUUUAGCAAUAUCAACCUUCAUUGUCGACUUUAAGCAGUCGACCAGGCCGGGCUGAACAACGCGUAGUACCUCGCACCCAUGCCCCUGUGGUCAUUCGGUGAGAUUGCCGUCACAAAAGCCAAAGCGAAGAAUAUGUUGCGAAGCGUGCCCCCCUUUCACUGCGCCUACCACCUACAAGGUUUCGGAUAGAUGGUCCAAAACAAAGAUACUCGAUACCCACUUUCCAGGAAGGCUUGAAAAAGGAUAGAGGAAAUAAUACGGAGUCUUAAAACGGGGUAUCAUCUACUGUGCAAACAACACCAGAUACGCGACCUUUCCCCAACGACGACCGCUCCUGCUCGUGUCCAGGACCGACAGGCAUGCACCCACGAUAUCAAUACACCGAUCCAACGGCCCAUGCGUCGGACCCAUGUUUUGGAUCGACAACGAUGUUGCGCGCCAUGUGGUACUCGUAUGGACAAGCCCUUUUGUGUACAAGUACCCAGCCCAAGAUGACCGGAGGAAGAGUCCGAAUAGCAGCACUGCCAAUGGCGUAGUAGUCCAACAUCCAACAUCCGACAAGGUUAUUAUAUCCGUUGUAAAAU